AUGAGCAGCUUACCCUCAAAGAAGAAAUUGUCAAAGAAAGCAUCACCAAGCAGCUUACCUUUAAAGAAGAAUUCAUCUAAGAAGGCAUUAUUAAAUAUGGCUAGAACUGUUAGGAGGUCAGGACGGCUUAGGAAUUUACGAUCAGCUAAGCCAAACCAAGAGAUGUUUGUGGAAAAGAUUGAUCUUGCUGGUAGCGAGAGUGAAGAGGAGUCACUUGAUCAACAAUCAAACUUAGAGCCUUUUCUUCAUCAAGAAAACUCAGAGCCUAUUGUUCAACAAUUGAAUGCAGAGCGUAUUGUUCAAGAAGUGAACACAGAGGCUGUUGUUCAAGAAGCAUACUCAGAGCCACUUGCUCAACCUUUUAACUCAGAACUAAUCUCUAAUCAACACAACUUGGAAGAAAAAAUUGACUUUCUUGUUCAGCUGUUGAAGAAUUCAAGUCUCAGGUUGUUCAGGGUCAAAAAAGGCCAUUUCCAAGUGAAACUCAGCGCUGAUAAACCCAAAGAGAAGCGGCGCACGAGGUUGGUUGGACACUCCUCUACUGGUGUAGCAGUCUCGCAGCCAUCGGAGUUUUGUCCACCGAAGGUUCAGCAUUUUCCUCAUUUGGUACUUGCUGAAGUCCGGCAAAGCCUACGGUGGCUGAUAGUCGUGUCGUCCACCACGGUGAGCUCUGCAACAGCUGCCCUUGUCCGCCCGCUACAAAAGCCCUCUACUUUCAGGUUUAUGCCGCCGCGCACUAGAUCCAUUUCUAGAGUCGAAAAACUCAUACUUCCUGAUCCUGUUAGCAUUGCUUGGUCCGAGUGUGGAGAGAACGACUUAAAGCUUUUCAUCACCAAUUACUUCAAGUGUAAAAAACCAAUGGCUGGUAAGGUUGGUUCAUCAAGGCAAGGUCGAGCCCAAUUUCCAAUGGAGCGAGAGCUUGAAUUUGCGGAGUACUUGGUUGAAUUUAAACGGGCUAAUAGAAUGAACAAGGGCAACUUAAAGAGUGAGGUCUUUCCGGCAAUUGUUGAUAAAUUUGCCAAAAAAGGAUGCCACUUUGAUCCAACUCAAAUCAAGGCGAAGUAUUAUGCAUUACGUCAUCUGACACAAGAAUACAAUCGCAUGCGAUUGAGGGUGACUGGGGCCGGAUGGGAUCCCCUCCUCCAGACUGUAAUCAUGGACGAAAGCAAAUGGCAAGCUGUGAUUAAGGAGAAUCCAUCCUUUAAGACUUACCACAACAAAGAUUGCCGUGUCUUCUACAUAUUGUCGGAGGUGUUUGACAAAAUGGAUGCCCAAGGGCGAUAUGCAAGGGACUCAAAUCAACCACCAGUUGACAUCAAUGACGAGAUAAGAGCGAGGCAAAGUCAAGCGUAUGACAAUAUGGGUGGCCAGGGCACGGAGCACGUGGACCUGACUGAUGAUAUAAUUCCUCCUAUGCAGUCAAUUGGGAAAUCGGAUGCCAAACAUUCGAAAGGCAAAGGCAAAGGGAAAAGGAAGACUCCGGAAUCUUCAUCCGCCAGAGACGGCGACCCCCCGCCUGGUCUAAGUCGCUCCUCCUAUAAUAAUGUAAUAUCUUGGAUGGAUGCGACGUUUGCUUCCGAUCGGAGCACGUCCCAGAGCGUAGAUGCCCCACCUCCCCCACCUACUGCUGCUCCAGCUCCUCCUCCUCCGAUUUACGUGGAUGAUGACCCUUACUCGGUGGCAAAGGCAGAUGAAGCCUUAACCAAAAUAGAAGGCUUGUCGGAUAAAGUAGCUGUCACAGCAGCUUGGAAGUUGGCUGAUUCUGCUGACCAUCGGAGGAUGUUUUUGAUUCAGAAGAGUGAGGCUAGGAAGCGGUUAUAUGCACUGAAGAUUGGGGGGGGCGAACUAGAUGAUUGAGACCUGCAUGUGCCUAGGGGGGUUAAGCACCAGUUGGAAGGCUUUGUUUGCAUGUUUUAAUGUAAAAGAUUUCUAUUUGUGAUUGAUGGCUGCUGGUUUUCCCUGUUGGGAAACGAAUUUGCACUUUGGUUGUUUCAUUACGUAGUUUGGAUCAUUUGUAGACCUACCAUAAUGUUUCUCCAUUUCAAAUAUUUGACUUUUCGAGUUGGCGAAUAAUAAAUUGGAGUUCUACUUUGAUAUAAGA